CCAUCGAUUCGAUGGACCCGUCAAUUACUUAAUAGUAAUCAAAACGCCUUUGCUUCCAUUACAACCCUCUCCCUCUCAUCUCUCUACUUCUCCUCUCUCUCUCUCUCUCUCUCUCUGAAAAAUAGAGAGAGUCCCGAAAAUGCAGUUCCAGAGAAGGAAUCAAUGGAUCAACAUCAAGGCUCUGUUCUUGGCUGCCCUGUUGUUCUGUCUCUUCACCUCCUCCUCCUCAGCUCUCAAGAUCGGGGAGACAUGUUCCUCAGACAGCUCGUGCGACGCGGGGCUGCGGUGUGAGACCUGCGCCUUGAAUGGCAACACCAGGCCGAGAUGUACCCGGAUCCAGCCCGUGGCUCCCACCUCCAAGGUCAACGGGUUGCCGUUCAACAAGUAUUCAUGGCUGACGACGCAUAACUCGUUCGCUCUGUCGGGAUCGAAGUCGCAAACCGGAUCGACGAUCGUCACUCCGACCAAUCAAGAAGACAACGUUACCAGUCAACUCAACAAUGGAGUCCGAGGGCUUAUGCUCGACAUGUACGACUUUGAGAAUGACAUAUGGUUGUGCCACUCGUUCCAGGGAAAAUGCUACGACUUCACCGCUUUCCAACCGGCAGUCGAUGUGCUCAAGGAGAUCGAAUCCUUCCUUGCAUCAAAUCCAACGGAGAUCGUCACUAUCUUCAUCGAGGACUAUGUGACGUCCACACAGGGGCUCACCAAGGUAUUCAACUCCUCAGGCCUGAACAAAUAUUGGUUUCCAGUGAGCCAGAUGCCCAAAAAUGGCGGGGAUUGGCCGACAGUGGAUGAUAUGGUGAAGAACAACCAGCGGCUCGUGGUAUUCACGUCCAAGUCGUCGAAAGAGGCCAGUGAAGGGAUUGCUUAUCAGUGGUCUUACGUGGUCGAAAAUCAAUACGGGGAUGGAGGAAUGGCGGUCGGUUCAUGCCCAAACCGAGCUGAAUCUUCUCCCAUGAACACUAGCUCGAUAUCGCUUGUCCUGGAGAACUACUUCCCUGACAAUCCCAAUAUUACAGAGGCUUGUUCCGACAAUUCAGCUUCACUGACCACCAUGAUGACCACUUGCUAUGAAGCUGCCGGUAAAAGGUGGCCCAACUUCAUUGCUGUCGAUUUUUACCAGAGGAGUGAUGGAGGUGGAGCCCCAGUAGCGGUUGAUGAAGCAAACGGGCACUUGACUUGCGGAUGUGACAAUAUCGCCUACUGCCGGGCUAAUGCUACGGUCGGGACAUGUGAUGUACCUAAGCUUGCGCCUCCCCCACCAGCUGCACUGUCCUCCGAUUCUCCCGGUUCCACUGGAGGAAGCUCGCAGACACCUGAGUCCAGCUCUUCUCUUCUUGAGAGCCGACCGGUUCCAUUCCAGUUUCUGGUCCCAGCAAUUUUGAUUGUUGCACAGCUACUACGAUCAUAAUUUUUCAGUUAUAUACACUUUAAGAGGAGAUCGGCGGUCCCAUUUCGCAUCACUUUGUCGCAAGUAUAUGUUGAGAGUAAUUUUAGUCAGUAAACAUUAGAGGGAUGACAGUGAACAAUUUGGUAUUAUUACCAUUCAUUCAUUGAUGAGCUGAGGGCUGUAAAUAUAAUUGAUUUAUUAAUACUAUUAAUUAGGGCCUCCAUAAUAAU